AGAAUGAUUUAGUUCAUGUAAUUGGGUAUGACGUAGACGAUGAGGAGGAAGAAGAGGAAGAAGACUCAUUUUACGAGGGAAGCGAGUUUGAGACGCCGUCGUGCUCCGGUUGGUCGGGGUCAGAUCAGCAGGAUAGUGCGUGUGAUGUGCGGACAGUUCAGCUAAAAACGGGCGGCUCUGGACUUGGUAUUACUAUAGCCGGUGGGGUUAACAGUCCCCUUGGGAUUGUGCCCGUAUUUAUAUCAGGUGUGACCAAUGGAGGACAGGCAUACAAGACCUCCCAAGUUAUGGUCGGUGAUCGAAUUAUAAGCGUCAAUGGAAAAAAGAUGGAAGGCAAGUCACAUAGUGACGUGGUGCAGACGAUAAAAACCUCUUUGAAUUUCGUCACGUUAGAACUUACGCAAGGUCCUGAAAAUAUCAUGCACUACUUAGCAUUUGACUAAACAGCUGAGCACGCGAAUUCAUGAUGUCAUGAACUCAGCGCUAGAUUGAUAGAAGUGUUAUGUUUAAUGGUUUAAUGGGCCUUCCUUAAAAAACUGACCAAUCAGAACAGCGUCAUGUAUGAAUACGCCCACGUCCAGUAUUAUACAAGGGCGGGACUUUGCAGA